AGUCGAGCAUGUGAUUGCGCGUCCACGCGGCAGAGGGGGAAGUGAGUAAUACUAACCCGGACUCGUAGUUCCAGUUUUCAGCUCUCCAGCGUGGCAACGCUGUUUACCGACUACGGACGAAUGGCCUGCCUCUAAGCAACGGAGACGAAACGAUACGCACGCCGGCAACUCAUCUGAAAAGCACUUAAGGAGCUACCAAACCAAAUCGGCGAGAAUUUGGCAUUAUUCGUCGACGGCGGCUGAGACUGCUUGAUUCGGAUCGGGCGACUCAACUCUGGUCUUUCGGUCCUGAAAUGGACACAGGGAUUGUACCUGAAAAGAAAAGGCAGUCAUCUUUGUAAAUCUCACUGGAACAGCACCAGACCAAGUUCCAGCAUCAUCACCUUGUCAUGUUUCAAGAAUCUGCAUUGAACAAGGUGUCAAGAGUCAAGAAUCUGCAUUGGACAAGGUGAUAGCUGCAAUCAAACAGAGUUUGCACCAAAUUGAUGAAGAAUACUCAUCAAGUCCAUGCCUCAGAGACUACAAGCUGUCAUAAAAGCCAGAGGGUGAGCUCGGAACGAAGGAAGGAAAAGUCGAGGGAUGCGGCGCGAUGCCGGCGUGGGAAGGAAUCCGAGGUCUUUUACGAGCUCGCCGAGCAGCUGCCUUUGCCACACAGCGUCAGCUCCGGCCUCGACAAGGCCUCUGUCAUGAGGCUGACCAUCAGCUAUCUGCGCAUGAGGAAAUUGCUCGGCUCUGAUGAGUCGAAGGCUGAGGAGGAGAGCGAGUUGGACACGCAGCUGAACAGCUCCUACUUAAAAGCUCUGGAGGGCUUUCUCAUGGUGCUGUCAGAAGACGGCGACAUGAUUUAUCUCUCCGAAAAUGUUAACAAGUGCCUCGGCCUGGCACAGUUUGACUUGACUGGACACAGCGUGUUUGACUACACACACCCCUGUGACCAGGAUGAGCUGAGGGAGAUGCUGGUUCACAGGACGGGUUCCAAAAAGGCAAAGGAACCCAAAACAGAGCGCAACCUUUUCCUUCGAAUGAAGUGCACGCUCACUAGCCGGGGCCGCACUGUCAAUGUCAAGUCUGCUACAUGGAAGGUGCUCCACUGCUCCGGACACGUGCUCUUACAGAGUGGCCUCAAUGAGCAGGCUGCCAAGGAGCCACCGCUUCCCUAUCUAGUGCUGAUAUGUGAUCCUAUUCCACACCCUUCCAACAUCGAGGUCCCUCUGGAUGCCAAGACGUUUCUCAGUCGCCACACAAUGGACAUGAAGUUCACAUAUUGUGACGAGAGGAUUACUGAGCUUUUGGGAUAUGAUCCAGAAGACCUGUUGGAUCGUUCCGUUUACGAGUACUAUCAUGCUCUGGACUCGGACCACCUCACCAAGACUCAUCACAACUUGUUUGCAAAAGGCCAGGUCAGCACAGGCCAAUACCGGAUGCUGGCCAAGAGAGGGGGAUUUGUGUGGGUGGAGACACAAGCCACAGUCAUCUACAACAACAAGAACUCUCAGCCACAGUGUGUGGUCUGUGUCAACUUUGUUCUCAGUGGCAUCCAAGAGGAGGACUUGAUCUUGUCUCUGGAGCAGACGGAAGGUAUAAAGCCGGUGAAGAAGGAGCAGCAGGAUGAUGAAAAGGUUAUUGUGAAGAGCUGCGUACUGGAGCAGUCGCCAAGUCUGCUGAGAACGAAGGAGAAAGAGGAUGAGAAGGCCCCAGAGCAAGACGUGAUUCAGCUGUUUACAGAAACGCUUGAGCCCAAGCCAGUGAGAAGUCUGUAUGAUCAGCUGAAGGAAGAACCCGAGGCCUUGACUCUUCUUGCCCCGGCAGCUGGAGACACCAUCAUCUCCCUGGACUUCAGCUGUCCCGAUUCCGACAUCAGACUGCUGAAAGAUGUGCCUCUGUAUAACGACGUGAUGCUUCCCGCCGCCGGUGAAAAGCUGACGCUGCCUCUUUCCCCACUUCCGCCCAGCGAGCCCCUCGGUGUUGACGACGCCGGGGUGAAUGAAAAAAGUGACGGCUGCAUACCCACGUCCGCAUUGACAAUCGGCCGCAGAGCAGCGGAGGUUCCUCCUCCUCCUGAUUUUUGCUUAACUAUGGACCCAGACAUCUCUGACUUUAAACUAGACUUGGUGGAGAAGCUUUUUGCCAUUGAUACGCAACCUAAGACUCCCUUUACCACACAGGCAAUGGACGACUUGGAUUUGGAGAUGUUGGCACCCUACAUUCCCAUGGAUGAUGACUUUCAGCUGCGCAGCGUGAGCCCCGAUCAGCCGCUGCCUUGCGCCCCUGUCAAAUCUCCGGAGAGUCAGCCUGUCCAAUUCAGCUCGGCGGAUGGCGGCGCCGCCUCCCCGGCGACACCCGAGCUGGUCGCCAUUUCCCCCUCUUCCCCAGUUCUCAUCAAGAGGACACCACAAUUGGACAAGGAGGUGUCCCUCCGCACCCUAGCAGCUCAGAAUGCGCAGCGCAAGAGAAAACUGGAUGAUAUACGGGAGAUCGUCGGCCAGGAAACGUCGGCUAAGGAAAGUGGGAAACAAGGGAAAAAACUGAAAGCCGAACUGGGCUCAACCCAAACAGUGCUCCUGCUGCCUUCAGCAGUAAGGCUUGAAAAGCUCAGAAUAAUCAGACAGGGGGACUUUAACAAUGUCUUUAACCGCAUCAGGGCCAAGCAUCUCGCUGACAAUGGCUUUGCAGAUUUGGCGAGUUGCCUGUUAGGCAGCACGUCAGAGGCCACCAGGUCCCUGUUCAACCUGCCACAGCUCACCCGCUAUGACUGCGAGGUCAACGCUCCCUUGCAGGGUCGCCAGUAUCUGCUCCAAGGGGAGGAGCUUCUGCGCGCCUUGGACCACGUCAACUGAGUCCGCCCUCGGACUUGACUGGAAACUUAAACUCCUCAUUUUCCCGUCCCCUCUACCCCAACAACCUCUUAUUUAUGUAUCAGAAUACGUCCGACUCGAGUCCGGCUGCCGUUUGCGCACAUCACGCGAAGUCUGUAGCAUUCCACUGUGACACACGGCAGCGGCACGACGAGCAAUUCCGGCAGUUUAUCCAUUUCUCUCUUGUUUCCUUUACUCCCGAGCCUCUCAGCACACGGCGCCUCUCCGACGACCUUUUCCAGCAGGUCACCUGGCGCAACUGCCAGCAGUGUAUUGUAAGCUUCAGUCGCACAAUUUAUAUUUUCUUAAAAAAGAAAGAAAAAAACGAUUACCAGCAAUAUAUAUUACUGUACGCCUUUUUAAACUAGUUUUAAUGGGAUUUGAAGUUUUAUUUUGCGCUACCAUACUUGUUGAAACGUGUUAACAUCUGUAGUCUGCGGAUAUACAACCCCUAGCAAAAAAGUAUAGAAUCACCAGUCUCGGACAAGCACUCACUCAGACAUUUUAUCAUGUAGAACCAACUCAGAUAUAAAAAAGCUUGAAAAAAUUAUUAAUUAGUUCAAAAGUGCAACUCUAUAGCAUUCAGAAAGACAAAAAAAAUUAAUAAUAAACAUUGUCAUGGUCAUUAAAUGUCACCAAACAAAAGUUCCAGCAUCAUCACCUUGUCCAAUACAGAUUCUUGACUCUUGACACCUUGUCUAAUACAGAUUCUUGACUCUUGACCAGGUAAUGAUGCAGGAACUUUUGUUUGGUGCUGUUCCAGUUAGAUUUACAAAGAUGACUGCCUGAAGAAAGCAUCAAAAUUCCCUCAAUCCUUGAUGAUAUGGAGAUGCAUGUCAGGCAAAGGCACUGGGGAGAUGGCUGCGGUUAAAUCUUCAAUAAAAGCAUUGAAAUGUUAGCUUUCUUAUCCCUUAAAUUGAAAAUAUGUCAUUUUCCAAGAUGACAAUGCAUCAUGCAACAGAGCUAAAACUGUUAAAGCAUUCCUUGGAGAAAGACCCAUCCAGAUGUUUUGAUUGUUUUUUCUUUGUUUCUCAUGAUUCCAUUUUUUUCCCUCAGAAUGGAGUAAUUCCAUACAUAUUUCCCCACACUUGCUCUAUAAAAGUAACAUUUACUGACCACCACAAUGUUUUUUAUUCAUUUCUUUUAGUGUUUCUGAAUGCUAAAGAGUUGCACUUUUGAACUAAUUCAUUAUUUUUUCAAGCUUUUUAUCUGAGUUUGUUCUACAUGAUAAAAUGUCUGAGUGAGUGCUUGUGCGAGACUGGUGAUUCCAUAAUUUUUGCUAGGGGUUGUAUGUUUGGACCUUCACUGGUUUGAAUGUCGGCUACUUUUAGUCACCGUCUUGUCUUUGAAUACAUUUAAUUGUGUGGCAGUCCAGUACAUGAGUCACUUUAUUACUUUGCUGUAUGUGUUAUUGUAUGUAUUGUAUACCAGCAAAAGUCACACGUUCAGCUUUUUCAUUGUAAGUAACCAGGUUCGCUUUGCUUCAAAAUGACUGGUUUUCCUCCAACCGUGACUCGGCUGGGUUUUAACAUGCUUAACCCAAAGGUAAGGAGGAUCAGAACUGUUUCACUUUUACUAAUGUGAGAUCAUAGCUACAUCGGUGCUUUUGUCCAACAUAGCUCUGUUAAAUGUAGUCUGUAACUGUCCAAGUAAUCACUCGGUCAUACCACGCUUCUUGUCGCUGUCUAACAUUAAAUGGUUGUCUUCUAA